GUCAAAUGCGUAGAAAGAACAACACAACAGAGUAUGGUCAGCGAUCGAAACAUUGUGAUAAGGAGGGGGUAUCUGGAACUGAAAUUCAGGUCACAAGACCAGACCCAAUACCUGUUCAAUGCCCGGACUAUGCUGUGUUGGAUCUCAAUGGCGAUCCAUCUGAAGUUCGAAGGAAUUGGGAGAGAACAAUAUUGCUCUUCCGCUUGUGGUGUUUCAACAAUACCGAUGAAAGAUAUGAGUUUGGCAAUCCCCACAGCAGGAGUUGCAUGAUUCCUCCUGCAGGCCAUUUCUUGAUCUAUAUGCACUUUGGUUCCAAAUGGCUAUGUGCUGUUAUUGAUGGUCCUUCACUCUAUCUUGACGGGUAUGUUACCAGAAGUUUUGGGCAUCAUAGUGAACUCAGAGUGUUUGAGAAUAAAAAAAAAGAAAGGAGAGUACCGACUUUGAUAGAAAACUCAAAGGCAUUGCCGUGGAGGGGAUCCUAUAACACAGCUGAGCAUUGUCGUCUUGGUUACUAUGGCCUGUUGUCAGCCUUUAAAGUAAUGCAUGCUUUUGUUGACAAUCCCAAAGCUAAACCAAGUGAUAAGGAGAUAAUGGCUGGGGAAACGUUGAUUGUGCACCUUCCUGAGGCAGCGAGGUCCGACAACCUGUUCCAAGAUAUUUAUGUCAGUUUCUGUCAAGGUGACACAUUAGGCAAGGACCGACUCGGUGCUGCUAGGCAUUGGAGCAAAGAUUCAGAAGACGCAAGAUCAAAAAUGGGCAGUGUACUCUCACUUGAAUCUGUAGAGGAAGAAGGAUCAAGAUCUACAAAAGAAAGUUCAAGUUCUGCUGAAAGCAAAGACAAGAAGUCACCCAUAGAUAUCAUUGAAAACUUCAGGCUUCUCCACCGACCAUACCAUUCCCAUGGUUUCUUUCAGCUAAGAAAUAUGCCUAUACAGCUCGGGAAAGAAGGUCCAAUUGGUGAUGUGUGGGGAAGGCAACAGCUAAUAGAUAAAGAUAUGUCCUCUUUUAGAUUCUUGAUCCAGAGAUUCUCAAUUAAUGGCUGCAAUACAUACAAAAAACUGGACAGUGAGAACACCGGCAAUAAAACAGAGAACCGCUGCAUCGAACACGAAGGAGCAAGGAGUUCACUCAACAAAGACAUUGCAAAUUGGGAGUUUGCAAAGAAGAGCCAUGCUGGUGAAGAUAUUGCGAGUAAAACCAAGAACCAGUCUAUCAAAACAGCUGUCACAAAUUUGGAGCCUAUUGAAGAAAAAAUUGCAUUCCAAGGUACACAGAAUCCACGUGUGGAGUGUGCAAAGAAAGCAACAGAUCCAUUUAAGGGACAAGGUGUCGGGCUAUAUAAUCUUGGGCAAACGUGUUAUAUGAACUCCACUUUGCAGUUUUUGUCUAUUGUACCAGAACUGAUGACCGUACUAAAAAGGUAUUCACAGAAUGAGAACGGGCAUGGGAUUGACGCCUCAUCGCACAGUCUAACUGUUUCAGCCCAGCGUACAUUUUCUGAGCUCGGUGGAAGUACCACGCCAAUUAGACCUUCACAUUUCUUAAACGCACUACAUAGAAAACAUCCUGACUUUGCACAACUAGAAAAUGGUGCUCUCAGGCAACAGGAUGCUGAAGAAUGCUUGUCUGUGCUAGUGGAUACGUUUUCUAGAACUAUGGCAUCAGAAGCUAGUGAACCUACUGCUGAUCUGAUGAAGUCAAUUUUUGAGAUCGAUCUUCAAAGCAGCUUACACUGUGCAAAAACUGGCGAGAAGGGUCUAGUUGUAGAAACUGUAAACCUUCUACGAUGUCCUAUAUCUGAUGGUAUGGAUCACCUUCAUGAAGGACUUAAGAAUAGUAUGACGACAGAAAUCGAGAAGCAUUCGCCAUUACUUGGCCAGAAUUCUAUUUAUAAAAAAGAUUCAAAGAUAAAUAAAUUGCCAAGGUACCUUACCCUACAGCUUGCUCGAAUGGACUGGGACAAAAGCAAAAACGAACUGGCCAAAAAUUGUCAAAAAGUAGAUCAUCCUCUGCAAUUGGAUAUGUAUGAUCAUUGUUCAGAUGAAUUGAAGCUUGCUCUUGAAACUGCCUGACAGGUCUCCUCAAAAUCUGUCGCCUUAGGAUCAUCCUGCAUGGACACUGAUCAAGCCGAUUCUAGUGCAUCAAAGAAACAUUUAACUGGUGUAUACAAUUUAGUGGCGGUCAUUACACAUAACGGGCCUACCACAAAUUCUGGACAUUAUGUCAGCUGGAUCAAACAGACCAAUGAAACGUGGACUCGGCUUGAUGACCACGUAGCUACAAGUCACGAAGAACAAGAGAUUCUCAGCUUAUGCGGUGGCGCUGAUGAGGAACACGUGGCGUACCUAUAUCUUUAUAAAGCUCAAGUUACCUGAAUCCAACAAUGAAGAGUCAAGAGAGGUCUAGUGCUAAUCAGUUUCUUCAUUCUCAAGUUGUAGAUGACAUUGCCUGGUGGGAAUAUGAAGAUGAGUGUUAUUGAAGAACUUUCCUGGGGCCAUCUAUUAAACAAUGCUUUGGGCAACUAUAUUUCAUUUUGUUACACACAGUAUAUGUUCUUGUAAUCUCCAAUGGACCAUGGUCCGUGGGCUGUAAACUGAUUUCUGAUUCUUUCUUUCUUGCAGUUGUUUCUCAAAAAUGUAUAGCUGCUAAAACCAAA